AUGGAUCAAAAGCGGUUCAAGUACAAGGCCUAUGAGCGCAAUGUCAUCUGGCUAUUGAAGUCUGCAGGACUAUGGCCGGAAGCUCAUCCAGUUCCGAGAAAGAUACUCUCCUUGGUCACUCUGUUCACCAGCUUCGUGGUGAUGGUGACUGCGACAAACUAUAGCUUCCAGAAUGUCGGAAACGUCAGGAUGCUAACCAAGGGCAUGAGCUUGGCGGUCAGUUUUUCGUCGGUCUUUUCGAAGAUCGCCUUCUUUAUUCUCCAUCAAGAGGACCUUCUCUACCUCAACAAGCACCUGACUGGUGGAUUCAUGCGCGACAUGAAACGACCGGAGAAUGGUCCAGCCCUUUUAAGCAACGUCAAAACCUUCAACAGGUUCCUGUACAUGCACGCGGUCUCCGUAGCUAUCGCCAUGAUCAUGUACAGCAUCACCCCUUUACUAGUCUUACGGAAACACGGCAAGUACAUUCGAACCUUUCCCUCGAUCUAUCCGUUUGCCUACGAACUAGGUGGAUUGGUGCACUGGAUCAUCUAUGCUGUGGAGGUUUCAGCUGCCGCGACACUCGUCACGGUCUCCGCCGGGGUGGACAACCUUUUCGGGUUCUACGCCUUGCAGAUGUGCGGAGAGUUGAGGAUGCUGGCGCAUAGAUUUAGAGAUUUGAGAGCUGGUAACAACUACAAGGAUAAUCUCAAGGAUUGCAUCGAGAGGCAUCAAGUGCUGAUCAAUGCCAAGAACAAGCUCGAGGAUAUCUUCGGCUUGAUUACUAUAUGGCUGGCCAUUUCCGGGUCGCUUGUUUUGUGCUCGCUGAUUUUCCAAGUCUCCGAGUUGAUUAAAAACCACGUCAGCUAUUUACGCAUAGCCCACGUCUGUGCGUAUCUUCUACCCAAGUUCUUGCAAAUUUUCUUGUACGCGUGGUGUGGGAAUCUCAUUGCAGAAGAGAGCAAAAUAUGCUUGUAUGCGAUGUAUGACUCGCACUGGCCGGAUUCUCACAACACAAACUCCAAGCGUGACAUCCUCAUAGUUAUGUCACAAGAGCCGCUUUCCGUUGUGGCUAUGGGCUGUAUGGUCAUACAGUUGGACAUGUUUGCGAAAAUUGUCAAAACUUCGGUGUCGUAUUUUUUUCUACUCCGAACGCUGAGCGCAGAAAAUGAGUAG